GAAGCGCGGUGCAUGCUGGGAGGCGACAAAGGAGGCGAGCGAACUGUUAGCCGCUGGUUCUGCGGCAUUGACGCGAGCAUGCGCACACGAUCCGCGGACUCGCGCACAGUGUGUCCUCAGGUGAGUGACAGCAUCAGGAUGCCCCUUCCGCCCCCGCCGCCCCCCACCUUCAAUCAGAGCUCGGAGGAGGUGAAAGGUGGUCCUGCCCUCCUAUCGGACCUCAGCCAAGGCAAAGACCAUCCUUACUUCCGCCUGUACCAGUACCUCCACCAGGGGGCGCCACACAAAAAUGAAUGUGCGGCUGGUGCCUCGUCGCCCCGCCCACCACUUGGCCAUCGCCGUGAGGAUGCACAAAGCCCUGCCCCGCUCCCCUCUGCCGGAUCGUCACCCACCCCACCCCCUCAUCUCCAUCAGAGUCGUCGUGGCCAGGCCCCCUCGCCACCCUCUACCUAUAAUAGAGACAAGCCCCUCCCAGCCGCUCCGCCCGCCAAAUCCACACCUGCUUCUCUGGCCCCUCCCACCUAUGGUGGGGAGGUAGAGCAUCUACAGCGACAAGCCUCCCACAGUAGCAAGAGAACCGCCCCCAUGCCUGCAAGCCACACCCCCACUAGAGGGCCUGCCCCACCCCCACCACCCGCCUCCCCUGCCCAUAGGCCAACUUCAGCUACCAGAGAGGCUCCGCCCCCUCCUCCGUACAGGAUGGCAGGUAGCCCCUCCCUCUCCCCUGACCCCCCCACCAGGGGUAAACCGCCUCCCCCGCCACCCCCUCCUCUCCGCCAUGGACACGCCUCCUCCAUCAUUCCCUGUUUGUGUGACGACUUCGAGUCCAAAUAUUUGUUUCAUUCGCUGGACGAUUUCCCUCCUCCGGACGAGUACCGACACUUCACUAAGAUCUACCCUAGCAAGGCCUACUCAGCCAUGCGAGGAGCUCCGCCACUACCGCCAGUGGGCAGGUGAACAACUGCACUGCGCUUGGAUGACAUCAUUGCAUCUGACCCCCCCCCGCUUGUGAGCAAUCAUUGGAGGGAAGAUGAGAAGUUGCUAAUAGGAUGAUGGGAUAUGACAGUUUCGUUUUUGUCCUUCUCCUCGACCGCUAGGCUAACAUAAUUGAGUGGCUAGGCAGAGGUUGUCACAUCACUCGGCUCGUCUCAUCGCGAGGCUAUCAUCGAUGCACGAAGCUAUCCAGGUAUCCAACGUAUUGGUGUAAAUGUCUGGAAGAAGUCCCGCACGUUUGGACAGAAAAAAAACAAAAAACGUUUGGACUGGAAGUAGAGAAUUGUUCUCUUUGAUUUCUCAUCCUUGCUGCAUUUGUUUGUUUGUGGCAUGUGUUGUUUGCUCAACUGUGAAAGGUCAUCUUCCUAAGUGUGCUUUUAUUUUGAAAAGUAUACUAUAUGGUCAUUUUCUGUGGCAGUGAUCAUGUGCUCUGUCAAAUUGUACUGAUAUGCUUGCUGUAAUCUUGAUAACAAUACCAGUCAUUCGUAGCUCAAAAACUUCUUCAUGCGCAAGUAAAUAAUGAAAAUGUUUGCUGUAGUUUACCUUCCUAACAAUUAUAAAUUAACUUCCUGCUUCAUCUUUCAAAUGUACCGAAAUCAAUAAACUUAUUUAAAUCUCACACUCACACAA